AUGACUUCCGUACUUCCAGAAUUCUCACUCAAGGGUAAAAAGGCGAUCGUUACUGGUGGUGCUCGAGGUAUUGGACUUGAGCUUUGCCGUGCACUUGCACAAUCAGGUGCAGACGUGGCACUCAUGUACGUAUCCAGCGACUCGACCCACGAUACGGCUGCUGAGAUUGCAAAGGAGUAUGGUGUUACAUGCAAGGCAUACAAAGCGGACGUUCGAGAUGCUGCAGCAGUACAAUCCGCCAUUGAUACCAUCCACAAGGAUUUUGGUCGAAUUGAUGUUUUUGUUGCCAAUGCUGGUAUUUCCAUCAAUGGUGCUGCAGAAACCUUUGAUUUGAAUGAUUGGCACAAACUAUUUGACGUGAAUGUCCACGGCGUCUUUUACGGUAUUCAAGCAGCUGGCAAGUACAUGCUCGAACAACAAAGCGGAAGCAUCAUUAUCGUUUCAUCCGUUUCAGCUCAUUUGGUGAACCAACCACAGCCUCAAUGUGGGUACAAUUGUACCAAGGCAGCUGUAUCCAUGAUGGCCAAAUGUCUUGCUUAUGAAUGGGCACAACGUGGUAUUCGAGUCAAUGCACUUUGCCCUGGUUAUAUGAGAACGGAUAUGAUUGAACAAUUGAUUGACGCAAAACCUGAUCUUGCUGGAGCAUGGACUGAGCUUGCCCCCAUGAAGCGGAUGGGAUUCCCUCGCGAACUCAAAGGCGCUUUAGUCUUUCUUGCUAGUGAUGCAAGCAGUUAUGUCACAGGUACUGAUCUCUUGGUUGACGGUGGUUACUCUGCCAUGUAA